AGCGGAAUGUCCCUGGAUGAGAAGCCUGAAGCCCCCAUGUACGUGUAUGAGUCAACGGUUCAUUGUACCAAUAUCCUCCUCUGCCUCAACGACCAGCGGAAGCAGGAUAUCCUGUGCGAUGUGACAGUCCGGGUGGAGGGGAAGGAGUUCCGCGGGCACAGGGCCGUGCUGGCCGCCUGCAGCGAGUAUUUCCUCCAGGCGCUGGUGGGCCAGGCGGAGAAUGGCUUGGUCGUUAGCCUCCCCGAAGAGGUCACUGCCAGGGGAUUCGCGCCAUUGUUGCAGUUUGCCUACACCGCUAAGCUGUUACUCAGCAGAGAAAACAUCCAGGAGGUCAUCCGCUGUGCCGAAUUCCUGCGCAUGCACAACCUGGAGGACUCGUGCUUUCGCUUCCUGGAAGCUCAGCUGCGCAGCGAGGAGGACAACGGCCUACUGCUCUGCCGAAAGUUGAAGGGGGAGGCCAACAACUCGGAGGAUGAGAGCAUGCAGUCGGAGGCGGUGAGGCCCACCUCCCCCAGGGCACGCCGGCGAGCCGACACCCUCCUACCCUCCCUGCGACAACCCGACGAUGAGCAGGUCACCACGGCCGUGCCAGGUGGCUUCACCGACGGCCGGCUGGACUUUGACAGGCACGGCGCGUCAGACGUGCCCCGCUGCCCCAAAUACAGGAAGUACCAGUGGGCUUGCAACAAGCACAACAAUGACACCUCCUCACACACCAGUACCUCAGGUUUUCCAAGCACAUUACAUGAGAGCGGCACUGGCGGGGCAGCGCAGGGAGAGGGCAGGCUGCCGGUGGCCCAGAUCAAAGUGGAGCCAAAAACGGAGGAAGACCCCAUCUCAUUGAGCCUGUCAGGUGAUGAGCAGGAUGACAGGGACGAUGUGAUGGCCAUGGAGAUGGACAACCCCGUCUCCGCGGAGAGAACCAAGUCACCCUCCUGCCUCCGAGCCUUCUUCAAGAAAGAGGCGGACCUCCCCAGUCUGCCCAACACGUCACAGCAGCUAUUUGCCAACAGACUCUGCCCGCAGGACAAAGAUACUUCUCAGGGAGAUCCUAAAAAGGACUUCAGGCCCUUCACCAGGGAGUUGGGUCUGUCUGUUACGUCCCCAAAGGACGUGGACGCUUUCCCUGCGGGGUUGACGCUCAAGUCCGCCUCCUGCGACGGGGUAUGCAAACAGGAGGUGGAGUUAGACCGCCGCAGUGUCAUAUUUUCCUCAGGGGCCUGCGACCGCCUGGGAACCCCGGCGCAUUCCUACCCCGGCGGGAAGUCUUUGGAGAUGGAGCUCUCUGAGCAUGCGCCAAAGGGCCUUUGGGGUGGAGCCAGCCAGUCCCUCCCCACCUCCCAGACCUACUCUCCCAGCACCGCCUCUGUCGAGCCGAAUCUCCUUUGCCGCCCGAGGCCCAACACCAGCUGCCCAGUGCCAAUCAAAGUGUGCCCGCGCUCGCCGCCCUGCGAGACGCGCACCAGGACUUCCAGCUCCUGCUCCUCCUAUUCCUAUGCGGAGGAUGGUAGCGGCGGCUCCCCGUGCAGCCUCCCGCAGUUUGAGUUCUCCUCCUCGCCGUGCUCCAACGCGGCGCGCUGCCUCAACACGGACCCGCAGGAGCCCGGUGCAGGGGGGGACGCCCUUUUCAACCAAGUGCGUCCCAAGAUCAAAUGUGAGCAGUCCUACGGCACGAACUCCAGCGAUGAGUCGGGUUCCUUCUCCGAGGGGGACAGCGAGUCCUGCCACGUUCAGGAGCGGGGGCCAGAGGUAAAGCUUCCUUUCCCCGUUGAUCAAAUCACAAAUCUUCCACGGAACGACUUCCAAAUGAUGGUAAAAAUGCACAAACUGACCUCAGAGCAGCUGGAGUUCAUCCACGAUGUGAGGCGGCGAAGCAAGAAUCGAAUCGCGGCGCAGCGCUGUCGCAAGAGGAAGCUCGACUGCAUCCUGAACCUGGAGUGCGAGAUAAGGAAACUGGUCUCCGAGAAGGAGAAGCUGCUGACGGAGAGGAACCAGCUGAAAGCGUGCAUGGGCGAGCUGUGGGAGAACUUCUCCUGCCUGUCGCAGGAAGUGUGCCGGGACGUGCAGCUCAGCCCGGAGCAGGUCCAGUCUUUACACCACUACUGCCCCGUGCUGCGGCCCGCCAACUCCACUGCUAGCAACAACGCCGCCGCCGCCAACCCCAGCUGUGACCCCUCGCCGGGACUUGCGCGCUCGGCUGCGCCGGAGCCGGGCGGCUUCCUCAGGUCGCCCGGCCCCUCGGAGAGGGAGCCCGAUGUCGCCGUCCGGAACGGGGCGGACUUGCCGGCGAAAGACACGGACGGCCCGGAGGCGGGCUUAUACGCCGCGUCCGAGCUCUCCUCGGAAAAGUCCAACCAGACGGUAACGGUAGACUUUUGCCAGGAAAUGACUGACAAAUGUACAACCGAUGAGCAGCCAAGGAAGGACUGUACCAAGUAACGGUGGUGAUGUUUCGGUUGCUUCCUCGUUUUCUGUUGUUUUUUUUUUUCUUCAUUUGUUUGUUUGUUUGUUUUUUUUUUUUAUUAAUAUUAUUUAAUUUUGAGUUUUACUCCUCUGACAAACCCUCGCUUUGGGUCAUUGAGAUGGUCAGCCUCUGCCAGUGUUCAUUGAAAACAAGCUUAGUUUUUAUUUAUGUGCUUAUGUGCUGUCUUUUUUUCUCUCUAUUUUUUUUUUCAAAGGUUGACACUAAAGUUGUCUUAACAGCAGCAAUACUGUCCUGCAGGGAUUCUCCUAUGGGACAGAGUGGGAACUUCUCACCGAACCCUUACGAUGGUGCUAUACUCACCCCAACCUCGACAGUGGAAACGCUGUUUUUUGUUUCUCAUGU